AUGAGCAACGACCCGGUUUGGACUGUUUCAGCGAACAAUUACUCAAAGUUUCGGAACGGAAACGGCCCUCAUACAGUAAGCUGGGUUCGUCACAAGCAUGGGACGUCCACCGAGAAUCCUCGAGCAAAGGGACAAUCUCCUCCAGUCGUGCCUGGUCUCUCUCUGGCCCGUGUGGUAACCGACCCGCACUUCACGACUGCGAUCGAGUCGAACGUGGUCAUGGGUGUUGCUAUCUCAACUUCGAACAAGCAAACCGAAGGGAUCUGA